GUAGUAUCUUGCAAAGGCGCCGCUUCACCACAGCCUCAGUUCGCCUUAGCACCUUACAACCAUCAGACCGAGCCCAAGCAGACGGAGGACCCAAUACCUUUUUCUUAGUGUCUAAUGGACCCGGACAGCGACGCCCGGCACAGUUAUCUUGCCGGGCUUCUUCGCGGUCUCUGGGCUCCUCGGAACACUCGUUUGAGCGAGGACAAGCCUUCGCAGCAAGCAUUGACUCAGUUCCUCGACGAUCUGCAGUGCAACGUGCUGUAUGCUCGUCUUGCAUGUGACAGCGAUGAGAUCAGCUUAGCCAACACGUUGCAGGACGAGGAAGGCGGCAACAACGACGAGACUGCAGCUUUCCUCAAGCUGCACAAGGCGACGCCUCUCACACCGGAGAACAUGAGUACGAAUGUACAGCUCACGUCGGCGCUACAGACGCCACUGCAGAGUCUUUACCAGACUGUACACCAAGUGUACGCACCUCUAUUGCUGCGCGACGACGCUCGUGCCAGUCUGUUGUCCCAAAAGCUCAAGGAUGUACUACUUGAGUUAGACGCCGGUUUGGCCGGAACGGUCUUGUUACAAGGCGGCAGUGACGCCAAGAAGUCAAAAUCUACACCAAGUGACGGAGAUGAAGGCUUAAUGAGUAUUGCAACUAUGAGCGACGAGUUCGCAUACUGGGAGGCGAUGCAGGACGAUUCGAGACAAGCCAGAAGAGCGAAGAAGUUCAGUGCUGUCUUCGACACGGUACACCAGCGAUUCAGCGCUCCACUAGGAGAUUUGAGCUUCGAUGACAUGACUGAUCUAUUGGACGACGCGUCGAACGUCGCUGAUGAUCUGUGGCGUCUAGAUCUGGCACGGGAUCAAUUAUAUCCGCAGAAGAGAAUGGACCAUCUUCUGGGACUUGUCACUAAUGCUAUCAACACAUUCGUUCUAGCUAAGGCUAAAGCUCUAACUGGAGAUGGUAAAGCGUCCGAGGGGAACGUGUGGCAAGCGCCGUUCCAUGCAGUCCACCACUUGUUACAACAGGGUGUAUCUCUAUGCGAGAAAUGGCGUAACUCUAUCGAGUCCCUAACUGGAACUCUAUGGCCAGCACAUAGUGAACAUCCGUGGGAAGGAUCUGUAUCCUCUCAAGUACAGCGUGUCCAACUACUCAGCACUCGUCUAGAUCAAGUUCUACGAGUACGAACAACGUAUGAAGAGCUUAGUGCCUUGCUACCGUCAAGAGGAGGCGAAAAUGAGCUAGCAGAGUCGUGUUUCAAGCCUUUCGAGCGACUACGUCCACUGUACUACAAUGCGUACACUGAGCCAGCAUGGCAACGUGCAUUGAGCGAGUUUGAUCGCUCUCUAGCUCCCAUGGAGACUCAAGUCGCUGUGGUUUUACGUGAACGUCUUCGAGCUGUAACAUCCAAGCCCAGUGCGGCUGCACGUAUGUUACAGCGCUACCAGCAUCUCUUACAGCGUCCUACACUCGCUCAAGCGCUUGCAGGCGAGCGUGACGCUCUUCUUGCUCAACUUUUGGCGCAUGUAGACCAACUGGACAGUGACUUUGAGACUCGAAAGCAGUAUCUUAGCUCUAGUACCGGGGCGAGAGAGAAGAGCGGUAUGCACGUCGGUAAAACGUUGAGUAGCGACGUCAACGUCAUCGUCUGGGCACACGCUCUGGGUCGACGCGUAGCAGACACGCAACGUCUUGCACGUGGUGUCUUAACAGACUUACCAGCUCUUCCUCGGUUAUCACAACAGUGUGAUAAACUCGCGGCUAAAGCCAAUGGCCUAGUACUUGAUCGAGUGCGUGACUGGCAGGAAUCAAUGAUACGAGCGUUAGAUGACGACGACGACAACAACGGAGGCCAAUCGCUACGUCUUCGAGGUAGACUCAUGCAGAUCGACAAGCAAAGUGGAGAUUUAGUGGUGAACUUCAGUGAAUUUCUCGUGACUUUGCUACGUGACGUGCGUCAACUCACUGAACUAUCCUCACAACAGCCAGCACAAAGUGAAGCGUGGGUACCCACUCGAGUACGUCAAGUGGCUGAGGAAGCAGAGAAAUAUUACCGUUUUGGAGUGACAUUGCAGAAAGUAGCCAACUUUUACAAUAGCAUCGAAGCGCAGAUUAUCGACGAACAGAAACCUAUGCUGCUGGACUCUUUGCUAGCGUUUGAAGACGCAGUACAGCGACCUGGUAUCGCUCAAAGCAACAACCAGAAAACCAAGAGUAAGGACGUGACGUGGGCGAAUCUGGACGAAUGUGAUGAGUACGUGAGUCAACUUCAGACAGCAGCAGACCGACUGGCAGCCGAGAAUCGACGCUUUAAACGCGCUCACGAGAAACUUGGAGAGGAGCUUCUAGCUCUCAUGGAUGUGGAUUUACUACGCUACCCGCAGAAGUGGAAAGAGCGUUGGGAUGAGAUCAAGAAGAACGCGCAGUUGACUACACGGAAACAAGACUCUGCACGUACAGCCAAGUGGUUCCUGUACUGGGACCAUCAACUGUAUAAAGUGCUAGAAUCUGGCUACCAACUUGGUUUAGAGAUGCUAAACGAAAAUUUACCAGAGAUCAAGGAGAUCAAAACCGAGUUGCAUUUCCCCACAGCAUCUGCGAUGACUUCAUCGGCUUCUGGAGGCACCAUUCUAGUGUUAAAACCUCCGAUUGAAGAGCUGCGUACGACUUACUACAAGGCGAUGAAGAAGUUUGUGGCUAGACCCACAAAAUUUGGAGGGUUUGCGAACCCUCACGUGUUUUCGGCCAUGUGUGACGCCAAUGCACGGAAUCUUGUACGUGUGUAUGAAGCGUGUGAGCGGUUAUUCACACGAUUAGAAGGGUUAUUGUAUGAGUAUGAGCAUUGGGGUUUUCUCGCUCGAAUUGGAGGCGGUGGGACUGUCGACUUGGACGCCAUUAUGGAGUCCACACUACAGGAACCAGCGGACUGGGAGAUCAACUUUAAGACGAUCCGUACGAAGCGGAAAGAGAGCGAGAAGAUCCCGGAUGCGGUGAAAGUCGACUGUAUUCACUUGUCCUUUGUUCCGUUUAAACGUUCCUUGGAUGAACACAUGCAGCGGUUUACAGACGCGUUACUGUUAUCGUUACGUAAGAGUACUCUAAACCAUAUCCGGAUAGUGGAAGAUUUCGUCGAUGCAUCAAUGGACACCCUAAAUAAGCGUCCACACUCUAUUGAUGAAAUUAGCGCUGCUCAAUUAGAGUGGAAGGACAUCGACGCUCGUAAGAAUGACGUCCAUGCUCAUUUCCAGAAGGCAGAGAAGAAGAAAACACUGCUACUUGCAGUGCUUGGAGGCGGCAGUAGUGCCGGUAUGAGUGGAGCGAGUCUCGAUACUAGUGAAGUGGAAACACGUCUCUCUCAACUCCCAACACGCUGGGAAAACUUCGAGAUCGCUCUAGAAGCCUUUAACGACAUGAUCGACGAGCAAAGAGAGAGUCUUAAGGGCGAGAUCGAAGCACACGUGGUGGAAUGUAACGUUGAUAUAGAUAAAUUACGCGAACAAUGGCGCGCUAAGCGUCCAGUGGAGGUACAAUCAUGGGAAGAUGAAGCGCUGGUUAAGGUAUACGCAGCUAUGACGGAAUGGCGUCAACGCAUGGACGAAUUAAAGACUCGAUGUGUAACUUUAACCUCGAACUGUGCGGCGUUUUCAAUGAAUGAACCGGUUUUCGACGGGCUGGCAGCAUUGGACGAUGAUAUCACAAAGUUACAGUGUAAUUGGGACACGUAUCGUCAAUUUAGAGAGGAAGUACAGGCUCUGGCUGCUCAAGAUUGGUUCGCCUUCUGUACCAACAUGUUCGCACUGGCUGAUACCGCUCAAAAGUGGGCUGAUGCAGUGAAAGAACAAGCAGCUCAGGGGUCAGAACGUACGCCGGUAGUGGACAAGAUUGUGGACUUUAAUAUGAACGUAAAGAGAGCUAUGCCCACUCUCAAGCUCUGUCGUGGAGAACCUUUUAAAGAUGAUCACUGGACGCAACUCUUCCGAAAGCUUGGCUUCCCUCGCGGUGUUGAGAAGAAUAACCUGAUCGUUCAGCACUUUAUCGACGUAUUUCCAGUACUGGAAUUGCCUGCUACUCUGCAGUUCGUUAAGGUGCUUCACGCUCGAGCACAAGGCGAAGUGACGAUUAGAGAUGCGCUACAGGAGCUCCGUGCCUGGACGGAGACUGCUGAACUCGCUUUACUAGCACACGAACACGACGGAAGACGUGUGGCUAUCAUUAAAGACUGGAAGGACUUGACACUGGCACUCGGUGAUAACCAAUCGCUACUCGCUUCACUGAAAGAAUCGCAGUUUUUCAAGCCAUUUGAGGUGGAAGCGAGUCAAUACGAGAUCAAAAUGAGCACAUUGGAUCAAGUGUUGACUCAUUUAAACAUUAUUCAGCGCAAAUGGGUCUUCCUUGAACCCAUUUUUUCUAAAGGAGCUUUACCUUCUGAACAGAGUCGAUUCCGUCGAGUGGAUGAAGAAUUUACGGACAUUAUGGGGUCAGUCGAAAGAGACCCAAAACUCUUUAACUUGGCGGACGAAUUGAUGUUUCCUCAACUAGUAGAGAGGUUAACCACUAUGGUUGACCAACUGGAGCGUUGUCAGAAGGCGUUGGCUGAUUUCUUAGAGGAAAAACGUUCUCGGAUGCCUCGAUUCUACUUCAUUGGAGACGAAGACCUGUUGGAAAUUCUAGGACAAGCUCAAAAUCCAGCGGUGAUUCAGAGUCAUCUGAAAAAACUCUACCAAGGAGUGUAUCGCGUAGAAUUUUCAGAAAAACAAGACCAAAUUGUAGCCAUGUUGAGUGCCGCAGGUGAACGCGUGGAGCUUCACUCGCCUGUAGCUGUCACCAGCAACGUGGAGGAAUGGCUCGAGACUUUCACGGAAGAAAUGCGCCGUACUAUCCGAGCUCUUACCGCUCAAUGUGUCAACGCUAACGCUCCAGACUACCACGCAUACCCCUCUCAAGUGUUGUGUCUAACCGAGCAGAUCCGCUUCUGUUCUCAAGCCGAAGCGGCGAUAAAGAAUGGUGGUGUACAAGAGCUCAAACGAAAUUUACAAGAUACACUACGUGAACUGACGUCGUUGGAUUUAAGUACCGAGUUGUUGAUGAGUCUUAAAGUUAAGGCGUUGGUGCUUGAUUUGGUGCACCAUAUCGACGUUUGCGAUCAACUCUUAGCUGAUAAUUGUCGUUCAAUUAGCGAUUGGAUCUGGCAGAAGCAGCUUCGCUUUUAUCUGGAUACCAGAAAAUCUGGUAAAGACCCUCCGCCAUGUUUAAUCCGUAUGAACGACGCUGAAUUCGCUUAUACGUACGAAUACCAGGGUAACGCACCGAAGUUGGUACAUACUCCGUUAACAGAUAAGUGUUAUUUAACGCUUACUCAAGGGAUGCACAUGGGUUUCGGUGGCAAUCCGUACGGUCCUGCAGGUACUGGUAAAACGGAGUCGGUUAAGGCAUUGGGAGGUCAAUUUGGACGCCAAGUACUGGUUUUCAAUUGCGAUGAAGGCAUUGAUUUCCAGUCUAUGGGUCGGAUUUUCAUUGGUUUAGUGAAGUGCGGAGCCUGGGGCUGCUUUGAUGAGUUCAAUCGACUGAAAGAAGACCAGCUGUCAGCUAUUUCUCAACAGAUUCAGGUUAUUCAAGACGCCAUCAAGGAGAAAACAGGGACUAUUAACCUGUUAAAUAGGUCGGUGAAUGUGGAUUUUAACGCUGGUAUCUUCGUGACGCUCAAUCCUGCUGGAAAAGGUUACGGUGGACGAUCGAAGCUUCCGGAUAAUCUUAAAGCACUCUUCCGUCCUGUUGCUAUGGGUCGACCGGAUAACAACCUUAUCGCAGAGGUUAUCCUGUAUUCCGAGGGGUUCAGCGAAGCCAAAGACAUCGCGUCUAAGGUGGUGUCGCUGUAUUCUCUAUCUGGACAACUACUAUCGCGUCAACAGCAUUACGACUGGGGUUUACGAGCACUAAAAGCAGUUUUAAACACAGCGGGGAAGCUCUUACAAGCUGAAAAGAAAGACCGAGCUACAGCUGGAAAAUCUAGUGAAGAAUCUAAAGAACCAGAUAAACCUGUAAGGAUGACGACAGCAGAGGAGACCGAGAUCCUUAUCAAAGCUGUGCGUAUUAACACCCUAUCGAAGCUCACGUUCGUGGACUCAACUCGAUUCUUAGCGUUAAUCGGAGAUGUUUUCCCUGGUGUGGAGUCCGCUGACUUGGCUGGAGGUGCUUUGGGUGACGCUAUCCGUGACGUUAUGACUAGCAAGCCGUUCUUCCUACAAGUGGAUGACUUACAGAUCCGCAAAAUGCUUCAGCUUAAAGAGUCACUAGAUCAACGCAUGGGGUGUGUGGUAGUGGGGCCUUCGGGUAGUGGCAAAUCUACCGUGUGGCAGGUACUACAGCAAGCGUUAAUUCGAUGUGGCCAGCUUGUUAAAACCCACGUGAUGAAUCCCAAAUCCAUGCCACGCGAACGUUUACUAGGCCACAUGGAUCUGGAUACUCGAGAAUGGGAGGACGGAGUACUCACUGCAGCCGCUAGACAAGUGGUUAAAGAGCCCGAGAACGUUCGUUCAUGGAUUAUUUGUGACGGUGAUGUGGAUCCAGAGUGGAUCGAGUCAUUGAACUCUGUAUUGGACGACAAUCAUCUACUUACUUUACCGAACGGUGAGCGUAUUAACUUCGGUCCAAACGUUAAUUUCGUGUUCGAGACGCACGAUUUACGGUUCGCUUCGCCAGCUACUAUUUCUCGAAUGGGGAUGAUCUUCCUCUCGGACGAAGACAUGGCGAUUGAACGUCUUGUGAGUAAAUGGCUACUCACUCUUCCACCUGCUUCCGAUCCAAGUACCAGUAACACUCGAGACGCAUUGAAACAAUGGAUCGACGAGUUGUUUACUAGAGGUUUGGAGGAAUUACACAAGUAUGAAGCGAUUGUAGCUACUACGACAGUCGGGACUAUUAUGAACGGGUUGAGUCACGUCGCUACAGCUACAACCCGGUCAGAAUUCGUCUGUGCGAUGAUCCGUGGCUUGGGUGCGAACUUGGCGAUGGGAUCACGCGCGUCGUUCGCGAAAUCGCUCUUUAUGAUGGCGAAUGAACGACCACCUGAUGUGAAUAACCCGCUGGACUGUUACUGUCAAAGCUCCACUUUUUACACUUAUGAAACUAAGCGUGAUACUUACGGGGCUAUGGACGGUAAAAUGGAUCGUAAAGACUUGGUGGUUAAUGGAAUGGAUGCAGUUGUACCGACUGUUAGUGUGCAACGAGGACUUAAACUCAUUGAACCGUGGGUAGACAAGAUGGAGCCGUUCAUCCUCGUCGGACCGGAAGGGAGCGGCAAGAACAUGUUGAUUCGUCAAGCUUUUAAGAACCUCAAGAGCGUCACAGUCUCCGUUCUACAUUGCAACGCACAGACCACCGCUGACCACGUUAUCCACAAGAUCGCGCAGUGUUGUUCACUAUUUUCCACUCCCACAGGUCGAGUCUACCGUCCUCGAGAUGCUGAACGUCUUGUGCUUUAUCUUAAGGACAUCAACUUACCCAAACCAGACCAGUACGACACGUGCAUGUUGAUCGCUUUUCUUCAACAAUUGAUCACGUUCAACGGCUUCUACGACCAGCACUUGGAGUUCCUCGGAGUCGAGAAGAUCCAACUCGUUGCAUCCAUGAACGCAGCGACCACAGUAGGGAGACAUCCACUAUCCACUCGGUUCACUGCGAUCGUCAAGGUUGCGUACAUGGACUACCCCUCAACAGAAGAGCUAUCAGUAGUGUACUCUACCUUUUUAGAAGGGGUCUUUGACUCGUCUAACACGCCCAAUCUACCAGCUACGUGGCGAGAUCCCGCGAACCGUGAUCGACUAGCUAAAAGUAUGGUCGAAGUGUACGAUACAGUGAAAACCAAGUUCUCAGUGGAUGAACAACGUCACUACCUCUUUACACCUCGAGAUCUAACCAAGUGGAUCUUCGCAUUGGUACGAUAUGAUCUGGAACACGAAGAUGUGCUGGAUGCACUGGCACAUGAAGCUCGUCGACUAUUCCGUGAUCGGUUAGUGGAUAACGAAACCAAAGCUAAGUUCGACGGGAUUCUGAACAGUGUUUGGAAGCAGCAAUGGCGUCACGCUGCAAAGUUACAGGAUGUGUAUUUCAGCUCGCUGCAUUGUCGAUCUACUGAAGCUGGGAACACUACAAUGACAGCACCGUUACAGAGGAUCGCUAGUGACGAGUUCUCUCAAGUUGUGACGCAAGGGAUGGUACUAUACGAACGUGAAGAGAAGGAUCUACACAUGUUGCUGUUUGACGAAAUACUCGAACAUUUGACGAUCGUAGAGCGAGUUCUAUCGGAACCUGGAGGCUCGAUGCUGCUGGUAGGCAACUCUGGAGUCGGUCGACGAUCGGCUACUACACUGAUCUCGUAUAUGCUAAACUACACGAUGUUCUCGCCUAGUAUUACUCGAAAUUACGACGCCGGUAGCUUCCGUACUGACCUUAAGAGUUUAUUGGUAAAAGCGGGAGUGGAAGGACAGCACUACGUCUUGUAUUUGGAAGACCAUCACUUUACCCAAGAUGCCAUCUUGGAACUCACCAAUUCGUUACUAAGUUCAGGUGAAGUACCUGGAUUGUACACACACGAGGAGAUUGAGCCGCAGAUCGCUCCUCUUAAGGAACUUAUGCUGGAAAGUAUCGGAGCUACUGGACAGGAACAUAUCCGCACAGUGUACGACUUCUUCGUGUCAAGAGUUCGACAGUUUGUGCAUGUGGUGCUUGGGAUGGAUGCUCGUAACCCGCAGUUUGUGCUGCGAUGUGAGAGUAACCCAGCGCUCUACACUCGCUGUGCUAUCGUCUGGAUGGGUGAAUGGAACAGCAGCAGCAUGGCUCGCCUUCCAGAGUUGCUACUAAGCGGCUCCGAAUUGGUUGACAGUCUGAUUAAAACAACACCCCUAAUUACGAGUCUAUACGCUAGUUGUAAGGAGUUCGGCGCCACACCACGCGAAUUUAUCUGCUUUCUAAACACCUGGCGCACGCUGUUUGAAGCCAAAUGUAAGCAGAUUGUACAGGAGAUUCGUCACCUUAAGAGCGGUUUAAGCAAGUUGGAAGAAGCGAGUGUGACGGUGGAUGAGUUGAGUCGCAAUGCCGUGUUAAAGAAGAAAGAUUUAAGUGCAGCUCAAGUCUCAGCUGAUGAAGCGAUGAAGGAGAUCACGAACGCUUUAGACCGCGCUGCUACUAACCGACGUGAGGUUGAAGACCUCAAGAAGCAGCUCGCAAAAGCCGAGACUGCUACAAAUGCUCGUAAGCGAGAGAUCGAACAGGAAUUGAGCGAGAUCACGCCUAUUCUACAAACUGCGAUGGAAGCCGUGGGUAAUAUCAAGAGCGACAAUCUCAACGAGAUCCGAUCGCUUAAGAUGCCACCUGAACCUAUCCACGACGUACUGUCAGCAGUGCUUAUGCUGCUAGGUAUUCAGGAUACGUCGUGGAAUUCAAUGAAGAAAUUCCUGGGCAAUCGAGGUGUAAAGGAGGAUAUCCUCAACUACGAUGCUCAUCGGAUCACUCCUGAGAUCUCUAAAGCAGUCACGAAGCUAGUGAAGAGUAAAACAUCGUCGUUUGAUCAUGAAACUAUCUACCGCGUCAGUGUAGCUGCUGCGCCGUUAGCCACGUGGGUGAAGGCCAAUCUCAAAUACUCGAUGGUACUCAACAAGAUCGAACCACUAGAAACCGACCUAGCAGAGGCGAAACGAUCACUUGAAGCCUCGCAACAACGCCUCCUACAAUGUGAAAGUGAGUUGAAGAAGAUCGAUAUCACGGUGGAUCAGAUGAAGGUGCAGUUUGGAGAGAAAACCAAAGAAGCUGAGAUCUUACGCGUCAAUCUGGAACAGGCUCAAAGUACAUUAAACAAAGCGCAAGGCUUGCUUGGUAAGCUCGGCGGUGAGAAGCAUCGCUGGUCGGAACAAGUAAAGGAGCUGGAGAACCGUCUUACCGACUUACCGGUACGUAUGUUACUGGCUUCGGCCUUCACAACGUUCCUCGGUAAAUGCUCAGAAGACGCCCGUAAACGGGUAGUUAAAGAAUGGGAGCGCGAUAUACUGGAGAGCAUCAAUCCUACUGGCCCAGCAAGCAGUUUACACUUCGAUUACCGCAAAUUACUGAGUACGGAGAGUGAACUCUUAACGUGGAAAAGUAUGGGACUUCCUUCAGAUAAUCUGUCAAUGGAGAAUGCUCUGAUUGUAUCGAAUUCAAGCGGUGAACGCUGUCCGUUUAUCAUUGACCCGGCUAGUGCUAGUACUACGUGGUUGCAAGCUGAACUGGCCAAAGACACGACUCGCCCGCUGUCGAUUGUUCAGUCACAAGACGCUCGAUUUGUGAAUCUAGUGGAACAAGCUGUACGCUUUGGAAAGACUCUGGUUAUCCUAGAGGUUGACAAUGUCGAGCCCUAUCUGUAUCCACUAGUUCGCAAGGAUUUGAUCCAUCAAGGCCCGCGGUUUGUAGUCGCAUUAGGCGACAAGGUGAUCGACUACAACGAGAACUUCCGACUGUAUCUGGUGACUCGAAACCCGUCACCUCCGCUCGCUCCUGACGCGCUGGCAAUCGUUAAUGUAGUCAACUUUACAGUUACAAAGUCUGGGCUAGAAGGACAGCUUCUUGGCGUCACUAUUCAACAUGAACAACCUGAACUGGAACAAGAGAAGAGCGAACUUCUUCGACAAGAAGAAGAGUGUAAAGUGCAGCUCGCAGCUUUGGAGAAACAGCUCGUCGAGGCCCUUGCAACUUCUGAAGGUGAUAUUCUAGAGAAUACCAUGCUAGUUGAGUCUCUUACGAAGACUAAGGCCACUAGUGCUGAGAUUGAGAACGCACUGGAGAGAUCAGCCAAGAAAUCCGAGGAGCUGGACGAGAAACGUGACACUUAUUCUCCUUUCGCUCGAGAAGGAGCCAAGAUGUUCUUCUUAGUGAAGCAACUGAGUGCUGUGAACCACAUGUAUCGCUUCUCAUUGGCCUCGUUCUUGGGACUUUUUAAAGCCACGUUGGCAACGAAAAUGGAGUCUUCCAGCACCAAAGACCGUAUUUUACGCUUGAUCCCUAUUCUGGAGCACAAAGUCCUCAUGUUUGUGGGCCGAGCGCUCUUUAAAGAGCACCGACCGAUGUUUGGGAUGCACUUAGUGCAUGGGAUGCAUCCGGAAUGCUUCGAGAAGAAUGAGUACGAGUUUUUCUGUGGUGAAGUAGUGGAGAUUGAAAGAGGGUCAGGAGGACACACGACGCUGCCGGAAUGGGCUUCACCUGAGCGAAAAGAGGCGUUUACGCAGUUUGUUGAAGCGCUGCCACGUUUGGCUCAGUUGUGUAAGUUUGAGAGUCACGAUAUGUGGAUCCGAUGGUCCAAAUCGAUGGAGUGUGAGCAGAAUUUCCACCCGAAAAUGGACAAAUCGGGGUCUGCUGGAGGAUUAUCUGCCUUCCAGAAGCUCCUUGUUGUCCAAGCUCUACGUCCGGACCGACUGCAAAGCGCUAUUAUCCAGUUUAUCUGUGGCGUUAUGCAGCUUAAGUCGCUGACUCCACCGUCACUUGACUUUAAGGUCAUUGGAACGGAAGAAGCCACGAAUACGACGCCAGUUCUUCUCCUAACAACGGCAGGUGCUGAUCCUUCAAAGGAGUUGGAAGAAGUGGCGACGUCGGUGGUUGGAAAAGGUCACUACUUUGAGGUCGCUAUGGGCGGUGGCCAACAGGAGAAGGCGCUGAAUCUACUCAAAUCUACAGCGGAACACGGCGAGUGGCUGUGUCUACAGAACCUUCACCUGGUCAUCGCUUGGCUUCCGGUGCUUGAAAAAGAAUUCAGUGCCCUUAACGCUAGUCACAAGUUCCGCUUGUGGUUAACUACAGAGCCUCAUGAUGCUUUCCCGUUGGUUCUACUGGAGCAGAGUCUGAAGAUCACAUUUGAGAGUCCUCCAGGCAUGAAGAAGAACCUGCAACGCACCUAUGCAGCAUGGAACCCCGCCUUCAUUGCUAAGGGCACUCCAGCACGUGCUCAACUUCUCUUCUUGCUGGCAUUCUUCCAUGCUCUACUACAAGAGAGGCGUACGUAUAUCCCUCAAGGUUGGACCAAGUUCUACGAGUUCUCGUUCGGUGACUUUCGUGCAGGCUCGAACGUCAUGGAGCUGGCCUGUCAAACCAGUGGAUCUGGUGGUAUUGACUGGCAAACACUGCAUGGUUUAAUGGAGAACGCGAUUUAUGGUGGACGGAUCGAUAACCCGUACGAUUUGAGAGUACUCCGUUGUAAUCUAACUGAGUAUUUCAGCCAAGAACUGCUAUCGGGACAGAAGAGUCUGAUACGUGGAGUCAAGUUGCCUCAAAGCACACAACAUGUUGAUUUUCUCGAUAUUAUCGAUCGCUUUCCAGACGUCGAUGCCCCCGCCAUGUUUGGGUUACCGGAUAACAUUGAGCGAUCCAUGCAGCGCUCUUUAUCCGGUCAAGUGAUCGCUCAGUUGAAGGCUCUAUCAUCGAGUGAGGCUGAAGCCACUACCUUCGACCGAGAGAAGUGGCGAGCACAGCUUGGUCCGUUGUUGGAGACGUGGGGGAAGCUCACAACGGGUUUCCAACUGGAAGGAACCUCUUUGUCUUCUAGUACUGGCAAGAACCUGCAAGCCAUGGCACCAGCGGACGCCUUUGUAGCUUUGGAGAACGACUACGCGUUGGAUCUGGUUCAACAAGUGAAUACGAGUCUACAGGCGUUGAAGAAGGUGAUUUACGGCACUGGGCUACUAACUCCAGCCAUCCAGACUGUGGCUAAGGCUUUGCUGAAGGGUGUAGUUCCAACGGAGUGGGCUACUCAAUGGGAGGGCAGCGAGAACGUUGGCACUUGGCUACGCGGACUUGCCAUGCGUAAACGCGCUUUAUCUGAAUGGCAGGAGGCUGUGGGCAGUGGUCAAUUGCUGACGAAAGGUCUGGAUCUGUCGGAGUUGCUGCAUCCUGGCACAUUCCUCAAUGCUCUUCGGCAACAGAGCGCACGUGAACAGAAGUGCUCGAUGGACGGGAUGAAGCUGCUCUCCUGCUGGGAACGCGACCGUCUCAGCGGUACGAAAGUGGAGUGGUUCGAACUGACAAGGCUGCUGUUGCAAGGGGCUUCGUUUGAAGGGGGUACACUGCUUGAGGCGGUGUCAGAUGCCCAGGAAUUGGUCGCUGUACCGUCCUGUUAUGUGGCAUUUGUACGCGAAGACGCUCAGGAAAUGUACGAGAAGGAGAACUGCAUCAAGACCCCGCUAUAUUACGCCACAGAUCGCGAGAGAAUGCUGGUGGAGAUAUCAGUGCCUAUUGCAGGUGAUCGAGCUCGCUGGGUGCUCGCAGGCGUGGCACUCUUCCUAGGCGAGUAAGAGGGUCAAGUUGAAGUUGGUGAUAUUUGACAGGACACCUAAAUGCAUUUGAAUAGGUUAAUUGUGUUUUGCACAAUAAUGUAGCCA